AUGAGGCCUCGGCAUGGGCGUUCACCAACUCUGGGACACAUGAAAGUGUUUGGGUGUGUGGCAUACACAAGGAAGCUCGGUCCAACAAGCAAACUUGAUGACCAUGGCGAGGCGGCGUGUUUAUUGGUUAUGCGUGAAGGAGCUAAGGCAUAUAGGGUGUUUGAGCCUGUGGAGCGAUGUCGAGGAUCAACCCGUGAUGUUGUAUUUGAUGAAGAACAUGGUGGGAUUGGUCCUCGCUUGAAUCUGGGCCAUCGGAGGAAUAGCUGGGAAAUCUGGGAAAAUUACAGUAAAGUUGCUUUGGACACAGGGAAUAUUCGACUGACACUUGAAGCUUUGAAAACUGUAUUGAAUUUAUCUUCAAACAAGCGCUUUAAUGUUGGUAUAUUGGACAAGGUGAUGACAACACUUGAAGAACAAUCUCCAAAUUUUGUUGAUACUCACAAAGCAUCAGAUGAUGCAAAUAAAGAGACAAGACAAUCCAAUCAAUUGUUAGAUAUUAUCGGUGAUAUCCUUCAGCAGAUUGUGCGAAGUGGAGGCAGCAAUGCGGACAUAUGGGGUUUGUAUGCAAGAUGGCAUAAGACCAAGGGUAACCUCAUGGCAUGUUCUGAAGCUUUGUUGAAGCAAGUUCGAUCUCUUCAGGGUUCAGAAUUAUGGCAUGAUCAAACGAAGUUCGCAAAGUAUGCUCAAGCUUCUUUGAAGCUUUGCAAGGUGUAUAUGGAAAUUUCUUCCUCAACUGGAAGCCGACGAGAAUUAUUAACAGCCGAGAUGCACCUUAAAAGUACCUUGAAACAGGCAAUGGACUUCUCAGACACCGAGGAGUACAAAGUUCUUGAUAACUGUCUUGAGGAAAUAAAGAACAUGAUUGCUGCUACUGCCUAG